UUCACAUUCAACGACUCGUACAGAAGUUGAAGUUGCAGCAGGACUCAAGACGGUCUGAGGAUGAACCUCCACUGAGGUCGCUGCUGGUCUCUGAGGUCCGGUUCAGGUCACAUGAUGAGCUCCCCCUUCUCUCCAGCGUCUUACCUGAGCUUCAGUCUGUCUCCUCCUGCGGCUCACCGGGAGGACAGCAGCAUCUCUCAGCGCACUCUGUCCAGCUCUGUCCCUUUCCUUCUCUACCCCUCUAGCAUGGACCCCUACAAGGGCCCUCUGAGGGCCCCCGGUCUCCUGCCUUACCUCACCCCUUUUCACCACCACGGACACUUCAGCGUCUACGAGUGUCCCUUUGAGCCGGCGUUCAUCCAGAAACGGAACGAGCGGGAGCGUCAGAGGGUCAGGUGUGUGAACCAGGGUUAUGCCAAACUGAGGGACCACCUGCCGGGUCAGAGUGCUGACAAGAGGCUGAGCAAGGUGGAGACGCUGAGGGCCGCCAUCAGGUACAUCAAAUACCUGCAGGGCCUGGUGGAGCCGGAGGACGGUAGGCACAGUAGAGGGGAGUCUCCCAUCACCUCGCCUCCCGGACCUGACUGUGGAGGAGAGUCUGAGGGGGUCACAUGUUAAACAUCCACCCUGCUGAGACCAGCAUCCUCAACUCUCUUUCAUUUGAACUUCAAACAAAAACCAUCGAGACGACCUCUCUGUGAACGUCAGAGAAAGAGCCACUGAAAUGAUACGUCUCUGUUUGGAUAACAUCUCUUGUGUUUCUGCUGAAGUUAGAGUUUUUAAAAGUUGUCUGGUGUUCAUCGUAGUCUGAACAGGACGGACUAACCUCAGUCUCGAUGUUAAAAAUAGUAAUUUUGCCCCCCCAAAAAAACAAAACAACCACUUUCAACACUACUUUUUUUUACAUUUAUAGAACUGUACUGGUCCAAAUAUGAGACGUCAAGAAGUUUUUCUUUGUUUAUGAAAUUAAAUAAAAUUGUUCUAUUCAUUUCUUCAA